AUGAGUUCUUCAUUCCAGCAACAGAACUUGCCCUCUGUUCUUAUUUGGAGGGCUGAAAAUGUCGGGUUGAAGGACAUAGACCGUGCUCCGAACGCAAAAGACGUCGGGGUUGCACGCAGCGAUAUUACCUCGAACCUAUCGGAGGUCGUCGACAACGGCGAAGAGGCUCAGCUCAAAUAUUCAAUUACAAAAGCUAGUGCGGCCCGCAAGGGAGGUUCUUCUUUGAUCGACCCUUUGAAGGGUAUUGACCCUAGGACCGACAACGCGCCUAAUGUCUACGGCGACUUCAGCUCUCUCGACAUCUCCGACUGCAAUUCAGAGGGUCGUAUUUCCUCUCCAGAUGAAAAUUGGGAUGAUCAGGUCCUACGCGCACAGCAUCUGGAAGGUUUUGCGGAAUUUUUGCCCUACGAUGAGCUGGGGGCAUUGAUGGUCAAGAAGCGGGUAAAGAAAUACCUCGAAAUCUGCAAGAUUCCCUCCAGAUACCCCGAGAGCAACUUGCAAGAAAUUACAGAUGCCAUUCUGGAUAGGCACAAAGUACCGGAUCCACGCGACUCUCCCGGCCAGCCUAAAAGGCUGCGGCGGCCUAUGAGAGAAACGUGUCGGCGCAAGAUCUUCGCAAUCCUAGCAUCUAUAGACAAGGCAGACGAUAUUGAACUCUUCAUUGAGCAUGGCAUAUACGACUGCCACCUUCCUCUAGCCAUCGACUUCACGAAACAGGUCGUCUCUCGGGAGAUAGGGGGUGUCUUGGAGCCCCUUCCUAUCAGACACUGGACGAGAAGGGUUCUGGAUACUUUCAAUUAUUAUCAAUGGAGGGUGACUGCUCCAUUUUUCGACAUGGCUGAUCAUAAAUGUCCUCACCUUAAGUUAAGGAGCGAGACUAUACUGCCAUUUGGCCGUGAUUCCGGUACCGCGAAGGCCUAUGGGGGUUCCGGAGAGGUUGAAAAGAUUGUGGUUCAUCCCGCGCAUCACAACUAUCCUCAUGAGAAGGACGACAACCAACAUUUAUAUUUCGCCCGGAAACGUCUUCAAAAAGGAACCCUUUCCCAGCAGGAUUACGAAAAGCGCUUCUGGAACGAGCGCAACAAUCUACUAAGAGUUCGCAAGAACCCGAACGUGAUCACAAUGUUGGCCAGCUAUGAGAAAGACGGAGAAUACAGCUUUCUAUUCCCUUGGGCCCACGGCGGCGACCUUACAGCAUUCUGGGAAAACCACUCCGCGCAGCCACGACUCCGGGAUAAAGAUAAAACACUCCCAUUGUGGCUCAUGACACAGUUGCUUGCCAUUGCUAGGGGUGUUGAUGCCGUCCAUCAGCCAACGAGCGAUGAGGAGCCGUAUCUCCAGUUGCCAGGGAAGGUUAAGCCUCUAUAUGGCCGUCAUGGCGACCUCAAGCCUGGUAACAUUCUCUGCUUCAAGGGGAAAGGCGAUCCCUUCGGAAACUUUCAGAUCUCUGACUUUGGUCUGGCUGCGUGUCAUGGAACUCGGUCCAUACAGGAGAUUGUUGGUCCUCAGUUUGGUCUCUCACUUUGCUACCGUUCCCCCGAGAUUAAAGUCAAUGGAUCUGUCAAUCCAAGUUACGACGUGUGGCCACUGGGCUGCGUGUUCCUCGAAUUUCUUGGAUGGUAUCUCCUCGGUUGGGCUCACACUGACGAUUUUGCUGGAAAGAGGAAUCGUGACUCUAACGGGAGCGAGGUACAAACGUAUCCUGGGGCUGAAAACCCGCCCACAGAUAUCCUUUUUGACGAUUCAUUCUUUGACGAGGAGGUUAAAUCAGUUGAUGGACAGAUUAUUAGAACCGCGAGAAUGAAACCCUCGGUCAUCCAGGAACUACGUCUUCUUCGUCAAGAUCAGAGCUGCAGCGACUUGCUACUCGAUGUUUUGGACUUCAUCGAAGACAGAAUGCUGCGAAUGAACCCGAACAAGCGAGCGCAGUCACAUGAGAUCGUCGAGUUCUUUGAGAAGCUGGUACAAAUUUGUAGGGACGACCCCUCCUACGGCAUCGCGAAAUCGAAGUCACCGAGACGAGCGGAUACAAACCUCUCGGAAAUUGACAAUCGAUCCAUGAUUGAACAGCCAGGCGGCCAGCUCAUGAUUGACCAAGGCAUCCGUUCAGCCGCCAUCAAUAUGGCGGCACAGUCACUCGAACAAGAUCCUGUAGGUGUUGCAGGCAUAUCCGCAACAAUCUUGCUACGCAACGGCGCUCCGUCUCCAGAGGAAAGAAAGCUCAACAUGCCGCGUAGCAAUUUUCAACCCCCUGAGUUGCCAGAUUCACCAACAUUUGGUACCACCGACACAUCGGUUUGGGAUGAACGGCCAAUCUCGAUACACAUUACGCAACAGACAACACCAACACCAUCUCAGCCAGACAGUGUAGCGGACAGUUUAGCAGACAGCUUUACGUCUGCAGAACUAGUCACUGACGAGACCGUUCUUUCAUCCCAGCCCAAACCUCAUAAUGCAAUGAGGUCGACGAGAAAUGGGUAUGGAACGAUGGGGGCUAUGAAGAGGACUGCGCCCGUCGAGCCUCCUUCCCACGAGCACGCCCCACGCUUUCCCUGGAAUCGAUUAUUCUGCUGUUGA